UUCAGCUCUACCUCAAAAGAAAUAUCAUCAAAUACCUUUGCUUUCAUAUAUUCUGAUGCCAUUUACAAUUAUUUUAACACCCUUGGCUAAUGCACAACCAGAUACUAUUGAUAAGAUAUCAAGAAUUGCAUUUCCAACAAUGUUCGCCUUAUUUAAUUUAAGUUUUUCUUUAUUUUUUUGA